AUGAGUCGCCCGUACAGCAAACACAGAGGCCGAGGCGGCGGUGGAAGUGGCCGUGGUAACUUCGGCCGUGGCCAUGCGUCGCAGAGCGACAACGCGCCAAGCGGGCGCGGUGGCCGUUGGAAUGGACGUGGCGGUUGGCAGGGAGGCAAGAACAACCACAACAACAAUAACCAUAACAACAACAGUAAUAAUAAUGAUAAGAACAGUGGUGGUGUAGGUGGUGGUGGUGGUGCGGCGGCUUCUGUGAUGACGACGCUAUUGGAUCUACUCUUCCAAAAGUCGUCCGGCACCAUCUUCUGUCCAGCGAACGGUAUGCUGGACCUUUCGAACUUCCACGACUCUCCGGACCUCGCCAGCGUGCAGCGCAGUGUAGAUUUCAGCAGCGUGGCCUUCUGCAAGAGCCUGGCCGAUGUCGUCAAGAAUCGCAUCGGGACCUCGCUGCGUAUUCUUGUCCUCAACAACAAUAACAUACGCAAGCUGUCGUCGUUUCUGACAGCACUGGAGGAGGCCGACGUGCACCAUGGCGUGACGACUAUAUCUGCAACAGGCAACCCGAUUUCCGACCUCACCUUCCUUGGGCCGCUGAAGAAGUACGGCAGCCUCGUAGAGUUGCUUCUGGAGGGUGACCCCGUCACGACACGAAAUGACUACAGGGCGCAAGUGACCAAGAGCCUGCCCAAGCUUAUGAUGCUCGACCGCGUGUUGAUUGACCGCGCACUCUUGCGUCUGCCCAAUCCUCUGCCCGCCAAUCUCCACGAGGCGCAGAUCAGCGUGCUGCAGUUCCUUGAAGCCAGCAUGUUCGCCGCUGCUGCCGCUGGCAACUACGACGCGAUGGUGAACAUGUACACACCCGCCGCAGUGUUCAGUGUGAGCCGGGCAGAGGAGCCCAUCCCACGCCGCCUGCCCCUCGACGCGACGCACAACUGCCAGAUGCUGAGUGCACCCCAGCGAAACAUCAUAAACAAUGAUUUCGCCAUACUCCGCAAGCACAUACAGUGGCGGAACAUCUUCAGCGAUGUACACUCCCUGCGCAACAUUUCUACCGGCCGCGCAAAGGCAUCUUUGGCCCUCCAAUCGAUUGGUGGCGGCUCAAAGAAAUUCAUCAGUAUCUCGCACGAGCUAAACGGAAACGCCAAUGUUGCCUUCCUCUCGCAUAACAUGAAGGUGCCGACGUGCGUGCUGACCGUCCAUGGCCGGCUGUUCUGGCAUUGGGCUCCGAAGAACAGCGACGGUUCUAAUGUGCUGCCAGAAAAUGUGACGCCAUUCUUCAGCUGCUUCUUUGACCGCACCAUGACACUGCUGCUGGACAAUGCCACCUCCACGUGGUCAAUCCAAAACGACAUGAUAUUCCUGCGUCCUGACCGCACAGUGGUGCAUGAGAAUGGGACCCCAAGCUCACCACUCUUCUUCGCCAACGACUCGACGCGUGUGGAGGCCAUGCGGCGCCGCUACCUACCGAAGGCCACGCCGGAAGUUAUGCAGACUAUAAUUGAGCACCUUGGUAGCGACGCGGAUCUGCAGGCAUUCGCUACGGAGCACCUGACGAACCUGCCACAGGAACGUGUGAUGCAGGCACUUGAAGACCGCGCCGCCAUGCUGGAGCUUCUCAGGGGAUAG